ACCACGAUUUCGCUAUUUUAUUAUUUCAGAUAGACUAUCUUAAAUUGUGUUUCAAACGUGUGAAUAAUUUACUAAUUCAAUAUUCUGGUUACAGGGCUUCUAUGCCUCUGUGGUAUAGAAUACCACUUACUUUAUACUAAUAACUGUGACAAAAUUAAUUUAUUGAUAUGCCAUAUAAAAGUAAAACAAGUGUAUUGUGUAUUUAUGUAUAGGUACAAAAAUUGAAAUUAAUGUAGGUCUGAUUAAAAUUUGACCUAAGUAAAUAAAAAUGGAUUAUUUAUAUUCAUGUUGUUCACAUACUUCAUAGUUAAUAAGGUACUUUAUCUAUUAUAGAAACAAAUUGAGAAAAAUGGCUACAAUAAAAGAAGAUUAUGAAAUAAUAACAAAUCUCAUAAAACAAGAAAUCGACAAACGUAAGAAACAAAAACAAAGCAAAGAAAAUUUAAAAAAUAUUGAGGAAGAUAUAUCAUUAUUAAAUAAGACUGAAAAAAAAAUGAAGAAAAAAUCUAAGACAUCAUCCCAAUUAACCACAAUAUCACCAAACAAAAAGUGUUGUACUAAAAUCUAUGAUUACAAUGACAAGUAUUUGAAUAAAGACAAAACAGAGGCUUCCAAUUUAAUCAAAGAUGAAUUGACUAAUUGUAUUUCUGUAGCAAAUGUUUCAGAAUGUGUUAAUGAAUUAAUGUUAGGCAAAUCGCCCUAUAAAAGUAUGUGAUUUGCGCCACCAGGCACUCCUUAAGUAAUACAAAAGGUCUCAAGAUUUUGAGAAACUGCUUCAUUGAAGCAGUAUAAGGGGUUGAGCAUUCUUAGUAAAUUAUUAUAUUUUUGUUUAUUAAUAGUUAUGUAAUUGUAUUUGUUCAAUGUAGAUUAAAAAAAAAAAAGAAAAAAAAAAAAAAAAGGAGAUAAAAAUAAGG